GCUGCUUAGAGGAGCAGCAGUGAGAGGGAGCGGUAUAGACGGAGAGGAGAGGAUUUAUUAUACAGGAGACGCGAUUUUACCACAAAAACUAGCGAUUAAAGAACUCCUGCUGGAUGCUGUUUCCUUACUCUCAGUGAUUUAAUCCUCCUGCUUCAGUUUGGACUCGUGUUUUUGUGAUUUUCGUCGUGUUUGAGGAAAUCUCUGGAAUCCACAGGUCUCCAGCGUUCAGUACUAUGGAGGAAAAGAGCGAGAAAACAGCGAGUAUUCUCUGAAUUCAGCCCUCAGAAACGCUUUAUUGGAUAAAAGUCUGGAUGUAGACUAGUCUGGCCGGAGAGCAGGGACACAUCCAGGCCUGGACUCCGCCCUCUCAUUACCAGCAUGAUCACUCAUAUGAGGACUGCGCUGAGUCUCCUCUCACUGCUGAUGUUCGCUGUUCAGGAAUGCAGAUCGGUGUGUGUGGAUCCAUACACACAACCACAGACAAAAGAUGUUGAAACCGAGGCGGUGCUGGGGAAACCCAUAAAGCUCACAUGCAUCUCCUGCGUGAAGAGAGAGGAGAUCGAGGCUAAAACCAAAGUGGACUGGUAUUUCUACAAUUCCAGUAUUGAAGCCAUGCAGCAAAUCUACAAGUUUAAUAGAUCUCCCCCGGAUGAGGAUGGGCCGUGGAAAGGUCGUCUGCUGUGGAAUGGCAGCAAAGACCUUCAGGAUGUUUCCAUCAGCAUCACAAACGUCACCUUGAGUGACGCCGGCAGAUACAUGUGCGUGGUGUUGCGCACCUUUUCCUUUAAUCUCUAUACGCCUACAUUCACCUACAACAUCACCAUCAACCUGGUGGUGAGAGAGAAAGCGAGUAGAGACUCCACAGCACUGUACUCAGAGAUCAUGAUGUACGUGCUGCUGGUUUUCCUCACCUUCUGGCUCCUGGUUGAAAUGAUCUACUGCUACAGGAAAAUCUCCAAAGCGGACGAGCAAGCACAGGACAGCGCGACAGACUACCUAGCCAUUCCUUCUGAAAAUAAAGAGAACCCGGGUCCCGCAGUAACGGAAUAAAAUUGGUUGUCUCACACACGAUACGGUACUGAAGAUUUCUCCUGCUGCUGAUUGGUCCUGGAGAGAGGGGGAGGAGCUGAGAGCUAAUCUUUACAGGCCUGCUGCUGGAGCGAGAGCUGCCCUGAGAUAAUCACAGAAAAUCUGCCAAAACAAAUCUCAAAACAAGUCUUACUCUUGUGACGUGAGACAAUCUCCCCACUGCAUAAUUAUUUUCCUCCUUUUCUCUCUCUCUUUAUCUCUCUCUCUCUCUCUUUAUCUCUCUCUUUAUCAGAGAUUGAAGACACACUGUUAACCCCAGAGCGAAACGAGGUCUUGUUCUAGUUUCCUCAAUCGUUGCCUUAGAGGAGAUUACAACAUUCAGAACUGCAAUCAGAACUAAAAAGCUAACAUGCUGCCUGAUAACGAAAAAAAUAACAGAUUUGCCUGAUUUUGAUAUUCAUCAUUAACUUUAACAUACCCCAAAAAAGCCUUUCACUUCCUUUGAUAUACUCUCUUCUUACAAUUUUGAUAAUUUUGAUGACUACUGAUCAUUUUUGGGCUGUGAUCCCAAGUCUCUCUUUUAUAUAUAAAGAAAUAAUAUCAAAUCAUCUUCACACCCUAGCUGUACUUCGCUCAUGCAGUACUCUACAUACAGCUUCAUGCUUUUUUUUAAUGUGUGAGUAAAACUACAUAGACUGUGUCCCAAUUGCUUAGUUGUACACUGCACACUAAUACUGUAAGUUAUAGACUAUACGGCAUAUUCCACCAAAUAGGUGCCAUUUCUGUGCCUGGGAAAUGUAUAAAUGUAUAUGUAUAAAUGUGCAAACAAAAUAACUAUAAAAUAUAUUUUAAUUUUAUUUAUAAGCAUAGUGUCUUGUACCUAAUUGACAUAAUUGCAAAAGUAAGAUAUGUAAUUAAAUACAUUCAUAAAAACUACUUAGAAUACUGAAAAAAUAGCAUUUGUUACCUUUCCCCACUCUCUAACUAUAAACUUUAGCAUGAAAUAUUGUUAUUAAAAUCCUUCAAAGAUGCAUUUUUCUUUUUUUAGCAUUAUAAUAAAUCCAUUAUAUUUAAGUUAAAAUAAAUACACAUUUUAGUUAGUUGUGUUCCUGGGUUUCACUCAGUCCUGUUACCGACACUCUAACACAUUACCCCACCUAAAAAAAAAAACAUCUGGAACAUUCUACAACAGGAAGUCACAUCUACAACAGGAAGUCACAUCUUCAACAGGAAGUGGUUCUGGUUCUGAAGAUCAUGAGAAGACCAAAAUUCAAUUUUUCUGUAUAUUUGAUCUUAUUGUAUCGAUGACUGAGGAGCUCAAUCUCAACACUCAGUCCUGUUAUCUAAAUUAACUCUUAGAUCUUAUUCGUUUAUGUUUAAAAUACAGAUUUUGGAAAAAUCACUAGAAUGUGCUCAGUGUCCUCAUGCUAUUAGCAUAGCCGCCAUUUAGCUAUUUUUCAUGUUUUUGCUAAUUCUAUGCUAAAAAAUAAUUUCUGUUCUGGAGUGAAAUCCAGUAACAGGAGUGAGUGCCAGUAACAGGAGUGAAAUCCAGUAACAGGAGUGAGUGCCAGUAACAGGAGUGAAAUCCAGUAACAGGAGUGAAAUCCAGUAACAGGAGUGAGUUCCAGUAACAGGAGUGAAAUCCAGUAACAGGAGUGAGUAUUGUCCCCUGGUUAUUGAUUUAUUAAUGUAAAUAUUAGUUAAUCUAAACCACUUUUUCCAAUUUUGUUUUUGUUAAUCAUUCAUCCAUUUGUUUAAUAAAUUGCAUAAUAAGUAAUUUGAUCAAUUUCAGGUUUGGGUCUUCUUGAUAAAUAAUAUAUAUUAAAUAUAUACGUUUUUUUUCUCCACCCACUUUUUUUCGUCCACACUGUGUGUAUAGAUUUGCAGUUAUUGAAUUUAAUAUUGAUAUAUAUGUGAACAAACAUACCAGUAAUCACAAUAGACAAUAUCACGAUUAUCAAAUUUUAUUGAGGUCGUGUCCAUUUAUUGUGCAAUAAGUCGAUAAUGUAAUCAUUGUGACCGGCCUAGUCAUAAAUAUCAAUUAUUUGAACAUGCAGUCUAUAACCAUUUCUUUAAAAUUAAGACUUUCUUGAGAGAAAAUCAAGGGAAUUAGUGGACUUGCUUUUAAAUAUGCUUUUUAAAUGACACAUAAGUUUUGGUAACAGGACUGAAAAAAAAUGUAACAUCUUCAGAUUAGAAACCAUGUAAAAAAAAAUAGGAAAAGCUGCCUGAGAUUGACCAGUACAUGUUUUAAUAGUUAAAUAUACAUGUUUUUAGAUUCAAAGUUGAAAAAAUAUUUAAAAAAAAUAUACAUUUAAUUUGGAAGAAUAACAAAAAGCUAAUGGCACCCAUUCGGUGGAAUGGCCCAGAUAUUAUUUCCAAUUAGUAAGCAAUUGGGACACACCUAUAAUAAUGAAAUUACAUUAGUAGUACAUAAGUGUUUGCAUUCUUAUUGUUGAACACUGCCUGUAACUUUACUUUUUUUUUUCAAGUUUCUCAGCAGUUUGACUGUGAAGAUCACAUUGUGUUCAUGUGAAAUUUUAAUUCCCAUUAGAAGCUUUAUAUCAGUAGUGCUCAUUUAAACUGUAAUCAUCCUGAACUCCCGUGUUCGUAUUGCUCAUUGCUCAAUAACGCUCUGUGGUGACUGUAUACUCACUACUAAUACUGCAGUUACUGUGGACAAGUUGUGUUGAUGUAUUUUGCCUCAAUCUACACUGCGAAAAGCUAGUUUACACAUAUGGAGUGGACUGUUUCACACGCUGUUAAAAAAACUAUCAGAACAAUUACAGUGGCGUGAAAAAGUAUUUGCCCUAUACAGAUUCCUUUGGUUUUUGCUUUUUUUGUCAUAUUAAUAAUUUUCUGAUGAUCAAAAAACGUUAAUAUUAGACAAAGAUAACUUGAUUAAAUAUAAAAAAGCACUUUUUAAAUGAUUAUUUAAAAUAUACAAACCAAUGUAGCCCUGUGUGAAAAGUAUUUGACCCUCUACAUCUAAUAAAUUGCUUGUGCAACAACUGCAAUCAAGCUUUAUCGAUAACUGGUAACAUGUGCAGGAAUUUUAGGAUUUUCCAGCUUAAACUUCCUGUUUAAGAGCUUCCACAGCAUCUCAUUAAUCAGACUUAAUAAACUAGACCACUCGAGAACCUUCAUUUAGUUUUAUUUAAUUUUAAGUCAUUCAAAGGUGGACUUUUUGUAUGUGUUUUGGGUCAUUGUCCUGCUGCAGAGCCCAAGUACAUCUGAGCUUGAGGUCACUUAGGGACAGAUGGCCGGAUAUUCAGUCUCCUUCAGGAUUUUCUGAUAAGCUUCCAUCUAUUACAGCAAGUUAAAGUCCAACAGCCCCAGACCAUCACACCAUGACACUACCACCACCAUGUUUUACAUCAUUCAGUAUGAUUUUAGUUCUUUUUCUAAAAUUAUGUGUUAGUUUAUAGUUUUAACACCUUCCAAAAAGUUCCACUUUCGUCUCGUCAGUCCUGUAAAGAAUAUUAACCCAAAGUUCUGGAGAUAUACAGUAAUAUACAUCAGGAGCAGACCUGGGCAUUGUUUGGUCGCGUGAGAUUGUUGGUAAAUUAGAAGGGAAAAGUAAAACUGCGAGUCGCGCUAUCCACAAUAAAAAACUUUGUGCACGUCUAAACGGUGUAUUACGGUAGCCUCGUGCACAGUGGAGCUAGAGGAGCGGAGGCUCCAGCUUCUUUUUUGUGCAGAAGCGAAUUUUACAGCUAAAUAAACAGAAUUUACCAGAAUUUACCAGACUAAUUAACAAAUAUACACCAUAAAUACCACUACCUAUCUGUAAAACAUUCUUUAUCAAAUGAUGGCACAAAAGUUUUAUUAACAGUUAACAUUGCUAACUGUAUUCAUAAUGUAUGUUUCCAGUAAUAUUACUGAAAAAUAAGAGUUAGGAGUCUUAUAAAACAGGAAAAUUAAAGGGUUAUUAUUUCACACCAUUAAAUUCUUAAAGAUUUUUUUCUCAUGUAUUCAAAAUAUAUGUUUCAAGUGAUAUUACUGUAUCAUUUUGGAGUAAUGCGAUACCAAACUUCUAUAUCUAUAGGAGGGAGAAAAAAAUAUAUAUAUAUAUAUAUUUAGUUGUUCAUAAAAUAGAUUUGAUCAGAAUUGUGUGCUGUCAGAUGUUCAGCCUGACUUUAAUGCACUUGUUCAAGCCCAAAACAGGCUUUUCUUUUUUCUUUUACUGAACAAACGUACAAAUGCAUUUAUUGCAUUUUUUUUGUAGGAAAUGAUGCUGGUCUUUUGAAAAACGUUUUAGUUUUUUGUUUGUAAAUUUAUGUAGCUGAUAGUGUAGCUGCACUAUAUAUACAGUUGAGGACGAUAUUAUUAGCCCCCCUAUGAAAUUUUAAGUCUCCUCAAGAUUCUGGCAAGAUCCUUUUUAGCAGAGCAAGGCAGUUCUAACAGAGCAUUUCUGAACAUACAAUUUUUCAUUAGAAGGACCAAAAUAUUUAUAUUUGUGCACCAAAAUAUUAUUAUGUAAGAAUAAGCUAAAAUGACCAGGGACAUUAUUAUUAGCCCCCUUUAAGAAAUUAACAUUUAUUAAGUCAUCACACAAGCCACUUUUGUGCAGUGAUGUGCUUUACCUUCUCAGGUGAUGUGCAUAAAGGUGAUCAGGUGAAACAGAUGACUGCACUCAAUUAAGUUAAGUUAAUUAACUCAUUUAAGUUAAAACAUGGUAUAAAAGCCUCAUUAUGGAGCUGGCAGUUGAGGAAGCAACAUGCCAAAAACAAAGGAAAUCAGUUUGGACCUGAGAAAAAGAAUUAUUGAUGCACACAAAGCAGGAGAGGGAUAAACACAGAUAUCCAAGCGUUUCCAAGUGUCAAGAACUGGAGUGAGAGGCAUCAUUCAGAGAUUCAAAGACAGCAACACAGUGCAGAACAAGCCUGGCAGAGGUAGAAAGAGAAAGAUUUCAGAGAGACUGGAAAGAAUACUAGUGAGAAAUGUGUCUAGAGACCCCAGAUUAACUUCCAAGGCACUGGCAAAUGACUUGGCCACAUCAGGAAUCAUAGUCUCUAAGGGUGAAUCCCAUUUCUCCCCUUGGCCCUACCCCUUACCCCUACCCCUCUGUUUUGCGCGUGCACGUCAAGGGGUAGGGGUGUCCCGAUUCCUGUUAGGAUGAAGUGGUAGGGGUAAGGGGUAGGGCUAGUUAGCCCUUCAAACGGAGAUUUUCCAGACCCACACUUCGUACCGAGGGGUAUGAGAAUGACUGGCAAGAUGGCGGAACAAGCGACCAAAGAAAGUAUUUUCCAUGUUAAAAAUUACGAUUAGCACUGUAUUACCUUAGUUUAUUGUGUAGUUUUGAUGUUUUAUGGGUGAAUUCUUCGUAACAAGCAUAAAAAGUUCGCUAGUAGUUCGUUUCGGUAGCUAGCUAGCUAGCUAACUUUCCUGUUCCACCUUAAAUGGUGCAACAGACGGCAGGCGCUACCGCAUUUAAGGCGGAACGGAAAAAAUAAAUCAAAUAAAAAAUAAUCUGAGCUAAUUUCAGCUCCCCAUCACAGAGGAAUUAAGGAAUGGACAAUAUUAAUUAAUUUCUGCACCUCCUGCCCCCUUUCUGAACACAUACAAUGCCCUAAAGUUAACUAGUUAACCAGCAGCUAGGCUACUGAACUUUAGCGCUCCACUGCUAUCAUCACAUCAGCCCAGCAGGGUCACCUACACACCACCGCUAGUAGCCUGGUCAUAAAUCAGUGCUAUUUAUUUAUGUAUUUAUUGUUCAUUGACAAACAUCAUUGUGACAUACCAGUGAUUCCUCUGUCACUGAGGACCCAUAUUCUUGCACAUUAUAUUGUUUUUGUAACACAUUACCUGCUCCAGGACCAGUGUUGGGAACCAGUGUGAUAUACAAUUUCUAGUAUAUUAUGGAGGCUAUUUUCAAUAAGAUUCACCUUUCACCGGGUGCUUGAAGGGUUGUCCCAAUUCCUAGGGGUAGGAUUUUACCCCUUCCCCUUGUAACUCCGUUCCAAGGGGAAGGAUUACACUCGAAAAGAAGGGGUAGGGGUAAGGGGUAGGGCCAAGGGGAGAAAUGGGAUUCACCCUAAGAAGACCAUCGCUAGAGCUCUGCACAGGAAUGACCUGCGAGCAUGCAGACCAAGAAAAACUCCACUUUUGAGGAAGAGGCACCUUCAAGCAAGACUUAAGUAUGCUCGGGACAACCUGGAGAAAAAUUAUUCAUACUGGAAGCGUGUCUUAUGGUCUGAUGAGGCUAAACUAGAGCUCUUUGGCCACAGGGACACUGCUUAUGUUUGGAGAAAAAAAGGACAGGCAUUCAACCCAAAGAACACCAUCCCCACAGUGAAGCAUGGUGGUGGGAGUAUUAUGCUAUGGGGAUGCUUCAGUGCAUCUGGAACUGGAAAUCUUGUCAAGGUGGAUGGAAUCAUGAAUAAAGAAUAAUAUGUGAAUAUUUUGAAAGAGAACCUUAAGCAGUCAGCUGUGAAACUGGGUCUGAGACGUCACUUCAUUUUCCAACAUGACAAUGAUCCUAAACACACAUCCCUCCUGGUGAAGAACUAUCUCCAGAUGACCAAAGUGAAUGUCAUUGAAUGGCCUGCACAAAGCCCUGACUUAAAUCCAAUAGAAAAUCUGUGGGGUGACCUAAAGAAAAAUGUCCAUGCAAGACAACCAUUGAAUCUAGAGGAACUUGAGAGAUUUGCCAAAGAAGAAUGGGCCAGGAUUCCUCAAAUGAAGUGUGAGAGACUUGUUGUAAACUACAACAAACGUCUGCAGGAAGUAAUCCAGCAAAAAGGAUACACAAUUAACUAUUAGGAUGUGGGGGGCUAAUAAUUUUGACCCUGAUAGUUUUUGUGUUUUGUGUAAUAUCUUCAUUUCUGAGUGGAAUACAAUAUAGUGUAAGCAUCCAAAAUAAAACUACGAUGUCUAAAAAAGCUGUGUUUAGUUUAUUUUGCUCUGGUUAAUAUCACUUGGAAAAUCCUUAGAAAACAAGGACUAUUUUGUAAGGGGGCUAAUAAUAUCGUCCUCAACUGUAUAUAUAUAUAUACGUAUAUAUAUAUUGGGCAGAAUCGAGCUAAGUGUGUUAGUCCGGCCCUCUAAAACUGUUACAAUUUCCCUUUAAAAAUGAAUUGCCCACCUCUGAUCAGGAUGUUAGUUGGUAAAUGUGAGACGGGUCAUUGUGUUCUUCUGUUUUUGUUUAGUAGUGUUUUUUAUCUUGAAACUCUCCCAUGGAGACCAUUUUCAUCCAGUCUUUUUAUUCUUAUUUAAUCAUUAACAAUAACAUGACCUUAACUGAGGCUUUAGUGAGAUCCUGCAGUUCUUUAAAUUAAAUGUUGUUUCGGGUUCUUUUCUGAACUCCUGGAUGAGCUGUUCAUGCGCUUUUGGAGUAAUUUUGAUCAACUGGCCGGUCACUCCUGGGAAGGUUCACCACCAGUGUUCCAUGUUUUCACCAUUUGUGGUGUUAAAUAGCUCUCAUUUUGGUUCUCUGGAGUCCCAAAACUUUAGAAAUGACUUAGAAAUAAUCUUUUCCAGACUGAUAGAUGAAUAAUCAAUGACUUUGUUUUCUUUAAAGUCUUGCUUUUUGAGAUAAUUUAUCUGCUUCAUGUUGUCAGACAUGUUCUAUUAUUUAAGAGAUUUGUUGAUUCUACAGGUCUACAUUUAAAAAAAAAAUGUGAUUAAGCACUUUUUCACACAGGGAUAGAUUAAUUUGGAUAGUUUGGUCCCUUAAUAAAUAAAAUCAUCAUUUAAAAAGUGUUUCUAUUAGUCUAACAUUAAAGUUUGUUUGAUAAUCUGAAAAACUCUCAGAAACUAUAACAAAAAGGCAAAAACUAAAUAAAUCUGUAAAGGGUGCAAAUACUUUUUUUCACGCCACUAUAGUUUGGCUCUAUUUAAUAGAUUGCACAACGUGACUCUGAGUUGAAAGUUGUGGAUGCGUGUUGUUGGUUUAUACAGUUUAUUACAGUUCUACUUUUAUAGUUAUAGUGUGCAAUAACUGCCUCAUUUUGUUUUCUUCUCAUUUUAAAAUGUUGUCAUUGCCUUUUGCACUGUUUUCUAAGAAACCGCGAUGACUACUAAAGGACAAAUGUAUUGUGAAAGCUUGUCAUUUAUUAUUAAAGUGAAGCCGUGUAUUUAAA